GAGAGAGAGAGAGAGAGAGACUUGGAAUCAAAUUGUGACUGAUUUCAAGGGAAUUCUCGAAUCGGACAGGCCACUAUCAAUGGAGGUGAAUCAGGAGGGUUAUCAAUCCCAAUUAGUACCAAAAGAUCGAAGAACGGACGCUCUCGGAGACUUACGUCUUCUUCCAGACCAAAUAUUAUGCUCCAUAUUGGUUUCUCUCACUCCUCGCGAUGUCGCUCGCCUCUCUUGCGUUAGCAGUGUCAUGUAUAUUCUAUGCAAUGAAGAGCCAUUGUGGAUGAGUCUAUGCCUUAACAAUAUAAAUCGUCACCUUCAGUAUAAAGGCUCCUGGAAGAAAACCACCCUGCAUCAACUGGAUCAGCCAGAUGAAUAUGAAAAAUGCUGCAGAAAACCACUGCACUUUGACGGGUUUAACUCUUUAUAUCUGCAUAGAAGAUUAUACCGGUGUUAUACCACGUUGGAUGGAUUCUGUUUUGAUAGCGGAAAUGUGGAAAGAAAGAAAAACCUCUCUUUGGAGGAGUUUCAUAUCGAGUAUGAUGGACAAAAACCGGUUUUGAUUUCUGGAUUGACUGAUACUUGGCCAGCGAGGAAGACAUGGACAACUGAACAGCUAUUGCUGAACUAUGGAGACACAGCAUUUAGAAUAUCUCAGAGGAGUUCUCGGAAAAUUAAUAUGAAACUCAAGGAUUAUGUCUCGUACAUGCAAAUGCAGCAUGAUGAGGAUCCCCUCUAUAUUUUUGAUGACAAGUUUGGGGAAGCUGCUCCAGGUUUGUUGAAGGAUUACAUGGUGCCUCAUAUAUUUCAGGAAGAUUUUUUCGAUGUAUUAGAUAGAGAUCAACGACCCCCUUUUAGAUGGCUCAUCAUCGGUCCAGAGAGGUCUGGUGCCUCUUGGCAUGUAGAUCCUGCUCUUACCAGUGCUUGGAAUACUCUUCUCUAUGGCCGGAAAAGGUGGGCAUUGUAUCCUCCUGGAAAGGUACCUUUAGGUGUGACAGUACAUGUAAAUGAAGAAGAUGGUGAUGUCAAUAUUGAGACUCCAUCAUCAUUGCAGUGGUGGCUCGAUUUUUAUCCACUUCUUGCUGACAAAGACAAGCCUAUAGAGUGUACCCAGCUACCUGGCGAGACCAUAUUUGUUCCAAGUGGAUGGUGGCACUGUGUGCUUAAUCUGGAGACAACUGUUGCUGUUACGCAGAAUUUUGUGAGUUCCAAAAACUUUGAAUUUGUAUGUCUGGAUAUGGCUCCUGGCUAUCGACAUAAAGGAGUCUGCCGUGCUGGAUUACUUGCUGUUGAUGAAAGCAGUUUUGAGGAUGCCAAAAUGAAUACAUUGUGCAUGGAAGAUAAUUUAUGCUACUCAGACCUGACUAGGAAAGAGAAGAGGGUCAGAAUUUGUGAACCUGCUGUAGAAGAUCCAAACAGUGAAAAUGCCAGAAAUGAUGCUUCAAAAAGUUACAGAUUGUAUGAUCAGGAAUUUUCUUAUGAUAUAAAUUUCUUGGCGACGUUUUUGGAUAGAGAGAGGGACCACUACAAUUCUUUAUGGAGCUCAGGCAAUUGCAUAGGAGAACGAGAAUUGAGAGAAUGGUUAUGGAAGCUUUGGGUUGGGAAACCUGGACUCAGAGACCUAAUAUGGAAGGGAGCCUGCCUUGUUCUAAAUGCGGGCAAAUGGUCUGAAUGCAUGGAAAAUAUUUGUGCCUUUCAUGAGUUGCCGUUACCCACUGAUGAUGAGAGGCUUCCUGUUGGCACGGGUAGCAAUCCUGUCUACCUCGUUUGUGACAAUGUAAUAAAAAUAUUUGUUGAACGAGGGACAGAAGCUUCUUUUUAUGCUUUAGGCACCGAGCUUGAGUUUUAUGGUCUACUGCAUAAACUUGACUCUCCACUGAAAAAUCACAUUCCUGGUGUUGUGGCAAGUGGGUUUAUCUUUUCUGAAAAUGGGUCAUAUACGGUUGCAUCUUGGGAUGGCAAAGGAGUUCCUUAUGUGUUUGCCAACCAUAACUUCAUUCCAGAAAAUUGUAAAGAAGUUGAUUAUCCUUUUGGUAUAUGGAGCAAAAAACAAUUUGAAUAUAAGAAAGCUGGGAUGUCAAUACACGAAUCAAUAGGUUCUGCUGGAUGCUCAAGAAUUUGGCCUUAUAUUGUGACAAAAAGAUGUGAAGGAAAAAUAUUUGCUGAACUACGAGAUACCCUCUCAUGGGAGAACAUUCUAAAAUUGGCUUCCUUUCUGGGAGAACAGCUGCGUCACCUACAUCUUUUGCCCUGUCCAUCUUUAAAUUUUUUGACCAGCUCAGAUAGUGAAUAUAGAAAAGAGCUACCACGUGGUAAAAGGUCUGUGGUGGAUGGCGCUGAUGAAGUGAGCAUUCCAGCAGAAUGGUUACUUUUCAUCAGAACUCUGAAUGGGAGGAAAAAGGAUGUUUCUAAUCGGUUGACUAAAUGGUAGGUUCAUGUUAUCUUGAAGAAUUUUGAU